CAGAUGGACUAUACCCAAGGAAGUUUUAGGAGACACAUGGGAACCAAAACUAAGAACUAUAGAAAAAUUAGAUAAUUUAACAGUGAAUCAAUGGUUAAAUAAAUGGGAAGUAUUUGGAAAACAAGAAAUUAUCAAACAACUCAAAAAUAAAUGGGAAAACCCUAGACCAACAACUUUAGAAGAAAUGAUUGAAAAAACAUGGGAUAAAAAGUACAGAAAAUCAGAAAAAAUAGGAAUUCGGUCUGCCAUAACUGUUGAAGAAUUAAAUGAAGAAUUAUCACAAUUAAAAAAGGAGGAAGAAACUAUAAAAAGGGAACCUUGA